AUGACUACUAUUGAUAUCUAUAACGAGAUUAAUCACCUUUCUGAUAUCAAUGAUGUUGAAAAACUCAUUGAGAAAGAAGUAGCCAAUUUAUUUAUGUAUUUCAACAAUAUUGACAAAUUACCUGGUAUGGAAAAAACGCUUAUUAAAAGCAAAAAUAAUAAAGUUAAAUUUACAUACCUAAGAAAUUUGUUGAUUUCUGAAGUAAAGAGGCCUAAGCUUUCCAUCGAUUCCUUGUCAGAUCUUAGGAGAAUUAUUUUGGCUGAUAAAAGUCUAAUCACUUUGAUUCCUUUUGUUUCUCGCCCUCAGAUAGAGGAGAAACUUUGCAAAGUAUUAAAUCAAAACUUGUCUAACAUGACGUUUAAACUAACACCUCAAACUCAAAAUUACUGUGGUAUUGUAAUUUCUGGUAGAAGUGGUACUAGAAAAACCCAUAUUGAAUUUGAAAUCGAUAAAAUUGCCAAAUGCAAUAAAGCUAUAAAAAAACUAAAAGAUCAUAUGAAUGCAACUUUCGAGCACAUAUACAUUAGCAUAGAUGAGAUAAAAAGUUUACUUAGAUUAGAACUCGAUAAUGAUGUAAAUAAUAAAUAUUCUCAAAUCUUGGAAAAUAUUAAUAAAGCAAGCAUUUUUCUUAAAAAGCUUAUUGUAAUAUAUUUUCUCGUUCAAAUAUGA